CACUGCUUCCUACACACACAAAUAAUAAGGUUAUAUUGUGGAAAUUCUGUUCCCUCGGCCAAACAAGUCUAUACAAUUAUUUUUCUGUGCAUGCUACAAUCUGGAUGGAUCCAUUGAUGAUGGAUUGUAGUAAUUAAACUACUUCAAAUAUAAUUGAUGAUGGGGCUGAAAAGAAGAAUCUGGAUCUUCUAAUUAUCUUGUUUUAACCCAAAAAGAGAAAAUGGUAGCUGUAUGUGGAGCAACCUAAUGCUGGAGUUUAAUUGUCCAAGUGAUCAAGACCUUACGGCAGCGGCAUGAGUUUUCUUCUUCAUCAUCAAUGGUUUGUAUCAUCUCUCUCCUAAUGCUGGAGUUUAAUUGUCCAAGUGAUCAAGACCUUACGGCAGUGGCAUGAGUUUUCUUCUUCAUCGUCAAUGGAGAGCAUUAAUAUGGGGAUUUAAUGGUCAAAACUACGAGCUGAACUAUGGCUGACAUGAUACGAAUCUCUAAUGAAGAUAAGAGCAUUGGCAGUUCUGAAACUCCUAUGUCAUCUCAGAAACGUUCACCCUUCGACUUGAACGAGAUAGCCAUUGACGAGGAGGAAGCAGAGAAUAGUUCGAAUGGCGUUCAUGGCGCCGAGCUCAUUGAUGAUAGGGAAUCGGCUCACGGUAACUCGAGCAGUAACAACACGGCUAAUUCAGAAGGCAAAGAAAGAAGAACAACCACUACCACUACUGCAGUUAGGCAAUAUGUUCGAUCUAAAAUGCCUAGACUUCGUUGGACACCCGAUCUGCAUUUGGCUUUUGUGCAUGCUGUGGAAAGACUUGGCGGGAAGGAAAGAGCAACACCUAAAUUAGUUCUUCAGUUGAUGAAUGUAAGAGGACUGAGCAUUGCCCAUGUGAAGAGUCACUUGCAGAUGUAUCGGAGUAAGAAGCUCGACGAGUAUGGGCAAGUAUUAUCACACACAAACAGGCUUGUGCAAGGAAGACAACAGAUCCAGCUGGGGAUGUACCAAAGAGCUAAUCCUUAUGGACACUUCAGAAUGGAGAACAGAAACCAUUUGCUGUCUUCAUCAGUUGUGAAAGAGCAAUUAGAUUUCAAAGCAAGCUCUUCAAGAAACCUGCAAUGGUGCAAAGAAUCAGAACUGGGAAGGGGCUUGUUUGAUCAUCCAGUGAUGUUCUGGAAUUAUGAGGAGAACAAGUCUAUGAUCAGCUCCAACCAUUAUUGCAUGAUCACAAGAGAUGCAGCAAGAACAGAAAGCGGGCCGAUGAGACCGACCCAAUUUCUGGAAGAGAGAAAGUGGCCUCCACGCAGUCUUAUACCUGGAAAUGGUGGAACUACUGAUCAUAAUAAUGGAAAUAAUGGGAAUCUGAAAUUUUCUUCUUGGGAAGGUGCUGCUGGUAAGUUUGAGGCUUCAUUAAACCAACUAUGUUCCAAGACUACAAUCCCAGUUUGUGCAGCUCAGUCGACCGGAAGAUGGAACCUUGAAGCAGGUAACAGUUACAGUCAAUUUCAGUCCAAGCCGGGCGGUCCAAUCUUCUUGCCCGAGAGAUCUGAAGCUCGGUUUCAGCCCCCAUUUCAGCUUAAGCUCCAAGGACUAAAAGCAGAUCAGACGGUGUGUGUAAAUGAAGUAGUAGUGAAUCAAAUAGGGGAGAAUGCCAAUUAUAAAGAGGAUGCAAAGCCAAAUCUACAGUUGAGUCUGUGCCAGAGCUUUGAAAAUGGGCGUCAGCAUCAUGAGGGCAGAAAGGACAUCGACACAGUGCUCUCUCUUUCUCUAUCACCUUCUUCUUCUUCUUCAUCAAGACAAGUAGCUAGGCCCAUGGACCAGCAUAAAGAAAUAAUUUGCCAGUCAAGAUAUCGGGAUCUACAGACAAAUUGUGUAAAGGCCAAAUUGGGGCUGAGUACUUAUUAGGGAUCUGACCAUGUUGUGGAGUUCACCAUUGGAGUCAGAUCUUGUAAGUACUUGCCUUUAGGGCCAUACAGAACAUUGACAUGUAUUGUGUUUUCUUGAUUACAUUCGUGACUAAAUAUUCUCUACUUCCUUCACUUUUUGUUGGGGUGUCAAAUCUUAUUAACAAAUUUAUUAAGGACCA